AUUAAAACCAAUCCAUCAUCGUAAUUAAAGUAAAUUUACAUAAUGAUUAAAGAAAUUGAUUAGAUUAAUCCAGAUAACCUGUUGAUAUUUAAUUUCCAUAAUACCUUUUAUCAUCUUCAUCCUCAUCCCAUAAUCUCAAUCUUCAUUUUCAUCUCUCAACAUUUACCUUUAAUCCAAAACUUUGACUAUUAUCGAGAUUCGUCCUUUUAUCAUCAUUUUCUCUUUCUUUAUCAUCAUCAUCAUCAUCAUCUCUCUCUCUCUCUCUCACUCACUCUUUUGUAUGAUUCUCUUUCUUCCUUUUCUUCAUUCAUCUUCUCUUUCUUUUCUCUCUGUCUAUAUUAUUCUGUCGCGCGUUAUGAGCACACAUACAAUAUAUUAUUAUUAUUAUUAUUUCCAUUAACAAAAGAUCCUUGUACAUUUUAUAAUAUUAGAUGCACAUUGAAUGAAGCCCCUCGAAUGGGCGGUUCUAAGUCCUAACUCGAUUCUAGGUCCAAAAAAAAACGAUAAACAAAAUAGCGAUCAACAGACUAACCUAAGCUCAUUUCAAUUUUAGCAACAGUUUUGAUCACUUCGUGUUUCCUUUAACUCAGAAUCACAACAACAAUCAACAGUUGGACAAAAGUUUAUUAGUUUAAUUUAGUUUGUUGGACAAAGUUGUUUACCUACACCAAUAUUGUGAAGUGUUAACAAUCAACAAGCAAUAUUACGGACUAUCAACAAAACGGAAUAACUAAUUAAUAAUAUCAAACAUCAUCAGCAAUCAAUUAACAAACUAAGUUAAAUGCAAUACCAAAUGUCAAUGAUGCAGUUGCCAAUGGGAAUGAUGAUUAACAUUGAUGAUUUAAAUUGUUAGUGAAUAAGAAGAAACUAAAGCACAAAAAGAAAGAGAGAAAGAGAGACCUCACCUUUCAUCUUUAACCUUUUCUAUUUCUUUACCUGUUAUAAUUUGAAAGAAACUAAAUUAACUUACAAAAUGCACUCACUUCGUCCAUCUCAAGAAUCGCGUCCAUUUAUGCCUACGACCAUCACUACGACGACAAUUAUACCGACGACAGUUGAACCUUUUGGAGAUUUUUUCGCAAAAUCAUCUUCCUCAUCACCUUAUCAUCAUCCUAAUCAAAAUCACAAUCAUCAUCAUCAUAAUCAUCAUCAUCUUCAAAGUACUUUGUCAAUAUCACCAAUAACAGAUGAUUAUUCUGAUGAUAAAACUAAUGUAUUAUUACAAAUAACACCGGCAAUCACAAGUACCACAACCUUAUCACCUUUAUUACCUUUGGGUUCAUCGAUUUCAUCUUCACCUUCAUCACCUUUAUCUUCAUCAUCUUCAUCUUCUUCAUCUUCAUCAAUGUUUUCAUCAAUCUCUUGUUCACAGAAAAACCAUUCAAAUGUAACAACUAUCACAACCACAUCAACAGCACCCACUCGACACUUUCGUAGUCUCACCUUGACACCUUUAACCCCACUGACCACACCUUCUACACCCCAUACACCUUGUACACCUUCACCCAUGGUUGUGGUCACAGCAACAACACCACCAACACCCACAGUAACACCUCAACCUCAUCCUUUAACACCCUCAUCAUCAUCCACCUCAAUGUUUGACUCAAUGUCAAUGUAUGACGAUGAUGAGGAAGAUGAUGAAGAAGAUCAACUUCUAGAUGAUGAAAUGAUGAUGAUGAUGAUUGGUAAACCAAGUGAGAUGGAAGAUGAUGAAGAUUCAUCUCAACAAACAAAUCUAAGCUCAUCAAUGAACCAGAAUAACAAUGAGAUGACGAUAUCAUCAAGCACCAAUAAAACCAAUAAGAAAACAAAAGGAACCAAAACCCGACGGACUCGAGCUCGAAGUCCAACCCUAGUAAACAAAUUAAAACGUAAUCGUCGGGUAAAAGCAAAUGACCGGGAACGAAAUCGAAUGCACAAUUUAAAUCAAGCUCUUGAACGGCUUCGAAAAAUAUUACCACAAACCUCAGAAGACACUAAAUUAACCAAAAUUGAAACACUUCGAUAUGCUCACAAUUACAUUUGGUUCCUUUCCGAGACAAUUAAACAAUCUGAAGACGAUUCACCAAAAACCAAUGAGAACGAUUCAAAUAAUGAACUUAAUCAUCAACUUAAUCUUUACCUUAAUCAUUCACAUCUUCACAAUUUGUCCAAUACAUUUAUCAACGAAAUCCAAUGAGAGAUAAUCUCUCUCUCUUUUGUCUAAUCUUAUCCUCUUUAAUACCAAUGAUUACACCAAAUUAACAAUCAGUUAUC